GGGCCCCAGGGACAUUAACUCUUCGUGGGGCCCUGGAGGAGAGCAGUGAUCACCAGAAGUCAGUGGCGGGCAUCUGUGUGGUGCCCGGGGUCGACCUGGGUUCAGGAAAGGAUGCUGACAUUGAUCUGGGCAGGGAGACCCUUCACCCCACCCCAAAGAAAGGGUGGCAAAGUUGCUUGCAUCUCUCACCUUCCACAUUUAAGCCAGGCGAGCUUUAUGAUGGAGGAUGCAAGGCGCCCGAGACGGAGGAGACGCGGCGCGUGGAAAAUGUGCAAACUGAGGGUCUCGGCGAGGCCUGUCCAGGGCCCCCCGCACCAGCCUCCCACCCCCAGCUCGCUGCCCAGCCAGGACCCCCAGCUGUCUCUUCGGGCAGCCUGCGACAGCUGAAGGGUGUGCGGGGGGAGGGCACGGGGGUCCAGGCGGGGCUGGUCGCACAUUUGUCACUGACGCUCAGGGCCCGGCUCCCCGCCCCUCCCCCGCCCCAGGCUCGGCACUAUUUUGGGUGGUGUAGACCCCGCCCCCACCUCCGACCGAGCCCCGGCUCUCCAGGCAGCUGGAGGGGUCGCUGCACCUCGGACCAGGGCCGCCAACGCCUCUGCAGCCAUGUCGGGCCGCUCGGUGCCCCAUGCCCACCCGGCCACCACGGAGUACGAAUUCGCCAACCCCAGCCGCCUGGGCGAGCAGCGCUUCGGAGAAGGCCUCCUGCCAGAAGAGAUCCUGACCCCCACCCUCUACCACGGCUACUACGUGCGGCCCCGGGCCACCGUGGCCAGGGAGGAGGGCCGCAGAGCAGGGGCCUCGGAGCUCAGGCUCAGUGAGGGGAAAUUCCAGGCAUUUCUGGAUGUCAGCCACUUCACCCCAGAUGAGGUGACCGUAAGGACUGUGGACAACCUGCUGGAGGUGUCUGCCCGGCACCCCCAGCGCCUGGACCGCCACGGCUUCGUGUCCCGAGAGUUCUGCCGCACCUACGUCCUGCCUGCCGACGUGGACCCCUGGCGGGUUCGCGCAGCUCUCUCCCACGACGGCAUCCUUAACCUGGAGGCGCCUCGGGGUGGCCGACAUUUGGACACAGAGGUCAACGAGGUCUACAUCUCCCUGCUCCCUGCGCCUCCUGAUCCAGAGGAAGAAGAGGAGGCGAGCACAGCCGCGCCCUGAGUGCCACGGAGCCAGCACCCAGCGAGCCCCUUUCCACUUCCCGUGGUGACAGGAGCAGGGGGCCACCACCCCGGAGGUAGCAGCAUCCCUGGGGGGGAAGGGAAGAGCGCAUGGCCCCCAAUGUAUGGUUUGGUCCCUUGAGACAUGUCAAAGCAUUUGUGUAGUCCUGGGUGGAGCUGAAUAAAGCCCAAUCUCAGGGCCUUG